UAAGCCAUAGACUACGCCUCUUUAAUGAGAUCAGUAAGUGAGUAAUGAAAGGUUUUGAAUAACUAUUUUGUUUAAUAAGAUUUUGAGAAUUGAAAUUUGUUGAAAAUAUGGCGAAACCAAAAAAAGAUGAAACAGCCGAAGAAGCGAAGAAAAUCGUAGACGAUGCGAAAAAUUUUAUUGAGAAAGCAAUCGCAGAUAUUGGAAAAACUUCAGCAACAAAGCAACUUAUUUUAGGAACUGCGUCAGGAUGGCUCACAGGUUUUAUGACUAUGAAAAUAGGAAAGCUUGCUGCAGUCGGUGUUGGAGGCGGCGUAAUUUUACUUCAUAUUGCAAGUCAAAAAGGGUAUAUUGAUAUAAAUUGGGAUAAAAUCAACAAAAAAGUUGAUAAAAUUACUGAUAAAAUUGAGAAGGAAGCCACAGGAAAAUCUCCAGAUUGGUUUGAGAAAGUGGAAAGGUUUGUGGACCGUAAAAUUGAUAAGGCAGAAGAGCUACUUAAGAAAAAGGAGAAAAAAGCAAAGCAUUGGUACAACAACUUUGUAGCGGGUGAUGAGUAUCGUGCUACAGAAACCCAUGUGUUUCUGGCAUCAUUUGUCGCUGGAAUGGCCAUUGGUAUUCUUUGUGGAAAGUAGAGUAUAAGUAUUAUUGCUAGUGUUUAGACUGUUCUCAUUACCUAUAUUAGUAUUAACAAUUUUUCUCUAUAUGAUAUUGUGAUCACAUCUAAAUUAUUAAUCUCAAUAAAGUUUGAUUGUUAGCUUG